AGUUAAACAAGAUCUCUGACCAGACCUGCUUUCUUUCAAUCAAAAAUCAAUCCCCAAAAAUGAACGCAGUAUCAAAUUCAGAAAUCAACAAUUUCACCACCCAGCAAGAUAAUGCAGAUGGAAGCGACACAGACACAAUCUCCGACGAUUACUACGAGCCAAUAUCAAUCCAAGAAGACGAGGACGACGACGGCCAAGAUUCUUCCGAUCGGAACUCCGAUCACGAUCUUGUAUCCGACUAUCCCCAUCAGUUAUCUAACGGUUGCGUACAGAAUGGAAUCAAUUCUUUGGAUCUGAAUAGUGAUAAUGAUGAUGAAGAAGAAGAGGAGGAAAGGAUGAGAGAGGAAGAGGUGCGGAGAGCUUUUCGAGAAGACGAGAACCGGCGUAGAGCUCCGUUGACGCAAGAGAAUGCGAAUAGAGUUAGGGAAGCAAUGCGUGGGAUUUCGUUUAGUGGGUUGGUUCCGGAUUGGGCUGGUCGGGUUCCUGAGGACCGGUGGGUCGAUCAGAUUGCGAGUAUUAGAUCUUCUACUAGUUAAGAACAAACAUGAUUUUUGUUCCAUUUAAGUUAUGUUUAUUAUGUAUGAAUGGAUUAUGCAAAUGCUUACAAUAUCUUACUAAUAAUGCAUCUCUUGUAAAAUGUAUGUAGCUCCUUUCAUAUCAAAAUGCUUACAAUAACUUCUCCUGUCUA